AUAUCCCAGACUCUCUAAACGGCAGGUCCAAUAAUGCUCUCCUUGAGAUAUCUCACAGUGUGGAUGGACACAAAAUUGCUGCAUUCAAACUGCAGUGAGCUCAGUGUGACAAUUCAGCAUUUGGUCCCGAGUCUCCUCCUUACAGUACGUGUGACCAGUCCUUGCAUCAGGAGCUGUCAGAGCAUUAAACUCCUGUUCUGUCUCAAUAUGAGCUGAUCCAGAAGAGAUGGAAAACAGCAAGGUGCUGGUCCUGCAGCAGUUCCACUAGUUCCACUAUCAACUUUUUUCUUUUCCUUUUUUUUUUUUUUUGCAAAAUCUUAGAAAGGAUCUGUUUACUCAGUUUGUCCAACACGGGUUAAUUUUGAUACUCAGAGAGGAAACUUCAUUUUGAAAGUGAUCACCAAGGCUGUCCUAUCUCUCCAAACCCCCAGCCGCCUGCAUCCUUCUGUGUCCCACCUGUCUUUCCCAUGAAACACCUUUCAUAAAGCUGGAAAGGAGGAGCCCCUGCUCCUGGCAGAUGCACGUGUGGGCCAGCACAAAGCAGACAGUGCCACCCCUGGGAGAGCAGGUAAGGGUAGAUGGGUGGCUUAGGAGCUCACAUAUGGCAUUGCUGACCAUCAAAGGGAGAAAUGAAAAACAUAAUUUGUGGGCUGCUAUUGCCCUACCACGUUCAUCUGCUGCUGCUCUUCUGUUAUUGCCACUUGAAAGCACCAUAGGGAAUGCAACCGUUCCCCAGAAUGGGAAAGAUCAUCAGACAUUCAUAUUUGCCAUCCUUUUCACAGAACAGCAAAUGGAUGGCCCUCGAGUAAAGAAGCUGUAUUAGCUACACACCUGACACUUGGAGGAGGUUGAUCUACGUGGUUUACAGAGAUCCUUUUAGUUAUGUAUGCCUGCAAUUGUCCCCAGGACUGUUACCUGUAAUAGACACUCUGCUGACAAACAGAAAAUCCUUUCUCUGCCCUUCCUGAACAAAAAAAUCCCUGCAUGUCCAGCGCCAAAUCUUCCCUAGACAAAGGCAUUUCCAUCAUUCGUCGAGCUCCCAACCUGCUCUCAGUCACGAUAAAGUCCAAAGGUUUUCAAGAUUCAUAGUGCCCAAAGAGCUCAGGCAGUGACAGAGUCACCGUGUAGCUCCGAUCGCAGUGCCCGGAGAGCUCGACAGGAGACAGAGCCACCGUGCAGCAGGUAUCUCCGCGCCCAGAAAGUUGAGGCAGUGGCAGAGGUACCGCGUAGCACCGAUCCAGAGUGCUGAGGCAGUGACGCAUCCCUGGGCGGCACCCGCGCCCCUGCGAGCCUUCGCUCCGCCUCCCCGCUGCCCCGGGCCCGAGGCGUUCCUUAAUUGGCGGUGGGGACAAGGCCCACUGCCACCAGUGCCCGGGGACGCACCGGGACCUUCGGCGGCCAGAGCGCGGUCCAGAAGCACGAGGGUGCUUGAUUUUGUUUUAAUUGCUAAGCCACAAAGACUGCAGCCAUGUCUCUGGAAGACAUCCACAUGAACACCAAGGAUUUGCGUGAAGAAAAACAAUUAGAUGCUGGAGGAUUUGGAACAAUUUCUUUAUGCUAUCACAAGAAACAUGGAUUUGUAGUUUUAAAAAAAGUUUAUACAGGACCACAGCGCACUGAGUACAAUGUUUCCCUUCUUGAAGAAGGCAAGAUUAUGCGCAGACUGCAGCAUGACCGUGUGGUAAAGCUACUCGGUGUCAUUUUGGAAGAUGGAAACUACUCACUUGUGAUGGAGUAUGUGGACCGGGGGAACAUGAUGAAAGUGCUACAGAAUCUCUCACUACCUUUAUCAGUGAGAGGGCGUUUUGUGCUGGAGAUCACAGAAGGAAUGCUUUAUCUGCAUGAGCAAGGCUUUGUACACAAAGACCUAAAACCAGAAAACAUCCUUGUGGACAGAGACUUCCACAUUAAGAUUGCAGAUCUCGGUGUUGCCUCCUUUAAGAGCUGGAGUAGGCUGACUCAAGAAGAAACUGUCCGACAGAAGCAGAUGAAGAGCACUAACCAGAACAAUGCUGGGACUCUUUUCUACAUGGCCCCAGAGCAUUUACGCUGUGUUAAUACCAAACCAGUAGAGAAAUCAGAUGUUUACAGCUUUGGCAUUGUGAUCUGGGCAAUUUUUGCUAACAAAGAGCCAUAUGAAAAUGGUAUAAAUGAAAACCAGAUUUGCCUUUGCAUCGUUAAUGGAGACAGACCAGAUAUAAAGGAGAUCACUGAUAAAUGUCCAGUGGAAAUUAUUGACUUAAUGAAACAAUGCUGGGAUGAAGAUUCAGAGAAACGUCCAACCUUUGCAGAAAUCAGUGACAGAUACAAGCCAUUUUACUAUCAAAAUCUAGGAAAAAAUAUUGAAGAAGAUCUGAGGAAUUUAAAAGAAAUGUGGCCCGAGUCAAAUGAACUGUUGCAUAGGAUGGAAUCCCUUCAAAUAGAUGCUGUGCCACAAGAUACCAGCAAUGGUCAAGUAGAUCAGCCUAAUUCUCUACACAGCUCUCAAGGUCCCAUGACCACUGAGGUUAAUGAAGCCCUGUUUGCUGCCUCCCCUGAGAACCAGCCCGUUGAGAGCUGUGAGACCUCAUUUCCACCUCCUGAUAAUCUGGAAAGAAAACUUCAGCAUGAAUACAACUACCAUGCAUUUGGGAGCCGGAUGGAUAAAGAAGCUCCACCUUUAGCGGAAUACUUUUCAGUAAUGUCAAGCCCUGGAAUAACAGAGGAAAGGAAACUGAAAGUUUUCUCCGAUCCAUUUGCAAAGCCUUCUUCUACUUCUCAACAGAGCGAACUGUAUCCAAGAGCUGAAAAAGCAGGAUUAAACACUAAUCCAUAUUUCCAGGCAAAUAUUGAACCAAAUUUCUGGCCAGCUGCAACAACACCAAAAUGGGGAAAUGCAGAUGCUUUUUACAGGCCCAAUCUCAACAAUCUUCCAGUAGCAAACCCUCUGGAUGCCUAUGGAUUGUCUUCAGCCAGUAACUUUAGCCUAAGUAAACCUCCUGUCCCAGAAUCUGCACAAAACUCGCAGCCACAGAAUUCAGACACGGAUACAGGUUACAGGGAUUCCACUUCUUUCUCAAGGGGAACAUUUGCAUACUAUCCUAGUACAUCCAGAGUAAACUCAGUUCCUUAUACAGAUGAUUCAGUCAAGUACAACAUAAGUAACAGCUCUGGAAUUCAAAUUGGAUCCUACAAUCACAUGAAGAUUGAAGAGCAGAAUCCAUAUGUCAGCACUAAUCCUGUUGCUAUGGAAGCACUGUAUGCACAUUAUGAAGCAAGGGGUGUAUUUGACAAUACUACUGUCCUGACAGAAAAGCAUUUGAAUCUAGUGAGAGAAAAGCUGGCUAAGCAGUGGAAGCACUGUGCUCGAAAACUGGGCUUCAGUAAUCCUGAUAUUGAUGAAAUUGAUCAUGACUAUGAACGAGAUGGACUAAAAGAAAAAGUUUACCAAAUGCUGCACAAGUGGGUAAUGAGGGAAGGCUCCAAAGGUGCUACAGUUGGAAAACUUGCCAAGGCCCUCUUUGCCUGCCAAAGACAGGAUCUCCUUGAAAGUUUGAUGCAAAUCCAAGAAGAAUAAGUUUACUGAGAACAGACUUUCUAGAGCUCUCCUUUUUGCACAGACUUUUUGGAACAUUUUUUUCCACCAACUGCUUUUCAGUGAUUAUUUCCAAUAAUUCAAAAAGUUCAUGUCACAAUAUUUGGUCUUCCAAAGGAUGAAAGAAAACCAGCAUCUUCCUUCCAUUAAGACAAUUGUCCAAAGAUAACAACAAAAUGCAAGACAAAUAUCAAUUCAAGGAGAAUGUGUUGCACAAAAUUUCUACAUUCUAAUCUUGAAACAUGUUAGUAGUCUUGUUCAGUUCUGAAGAUUGACCUACUGCUUGAAAAACUUGUAUAGAAACCAAAAUCAACCCUUACAUUUUUCCAGAAGUGCCAAUACUUAUCAUGCCAGUAUUUGACUGGUCUAAGUCAAUAAUAUAUUUCAAAUCUUUUUAUAAUUUUUAUUAAAUAUAGAUGCCUAUAAUUAUGCAUAACAGCAGCAUAAAUAAAAGCAAAAUCUAUUUUUGGCUUUAAAAGUCUGCAAUUGAUACUUAUAAUAUUGCAUUAGAUUUUUUACAUUGGUAGAAAAGGUUUUACAGGGUAAGAGUCUCAUCUGCUUUAUGAAAUAAGGAAAAAAUAAGUUUAAUCAGUAUGCAAUCCAAAUUU